AUGGCCAACCAGACGGGACGUAACUCAGGCGCGCAAGACCGCCUUUCGCAGGUCGCGGAUCACUUAAGCGGUGCAAAGCAGGCUGGAAAGUCGGCACUGCUUCAGAAGCAUCCUGAUGAUAUCGUCGUCACAGCCGCACUCCGCACACCCAUCACCAAAGGCGGCAAAGGCGGCUUCAAAGACACUGCCGCCGCCGACCUACUUCACGGCGCCUUCAAAGCGCUCAUCCAACGCUCCGGUAUCGACCCCUCCCUCGUCGAAGACAUCGCCGUCGGCGCCGUCCUCGCUCCCGGCGGCGGCGCCACAGAAUUCCGCGCCGCGGCCCUCGCCGCCGGCUUCCCCUGUCACAACCUCCGUCAAGUCGCUGAACAGACAAUGCUCCAGCGCGGCAUGAUCGAGGUUGGCAUUGGUGCGGGCGCCGAGAGUAUGAGCACGCAAUACGGUCCUCAGGCUGUUACUGAAUUCAGCGAGUUGCUUGAGGAGCACAAGACCGCUGCUGAGUGCAAGGUGCCCAUGGGCGUGCUGAGCGAGAAAAUGGCGAAGGAGAAGGGCAUUCCCAGGUCAGCUCAGGAUGCAUUUGCCGCAGCUUCUUUCCAGAAGGCGGUGGAAGCGCAGAAGAAGGGCUUGUUUGACGAGGAAAUCGCGCCUUUGACGGUCAAGUGGACGGACCCCAAGACGGACGAGGAGAAGACCAUCACAGUGAGCAAAGAUGAUGGCGUACGACAGGGUAUCACGGCGGAGAGUUUGGGCAAGAUCAAGCCUGCUUUCUCCAAAGACGGGUCGAUCCACGCGGGCAACGCAUCGCAGAUUUCGGACGGCGCAGCAGCUGUUCUGCUCAUGAAGCGCAGCACUGCGCAACGCCUUGGACAGAAAGUCAUCGGCAAGUUCGUUCAGGCGUCCGUCGUCGGCGUGCCGCCGCUACUCAUGGGUAUCGGCCCAGCCGCUGCUAUCCCCGUCGUUCUCCAGAAGACUGGCUUGAACAAGGAUGAGGUAGACAUCUAUGAGAUCAACGAGGCGUUCGCGAGCCAAUGCCUAUACUGCAUUAACGAGCUCGGCUUGGACCAGGCGAAGAUCAACCCCAAGGGUGGAGCUAUUGCUUUUGGACAUCCACUCGGUGUCACUGGUGCGAGGCAGGUUAGCACUUUGUUCACGGAGUUGAAGCGGACCGGCAAGCAGAUUGGUGUCACGAGCAUGUGCAUAGGGACUGGUAUGGGUAUGGCUGCUGUGUGGGUCGCGGAAUAA